GUCGGAUGUUGCGACGGGCAGACAUCAGAUGACGAGAGCCUCGUUUGCGGUGUGCCUAGUAGUUGGAAGCUGCAUGGUUAGCCUCCACGCUCAGUUGUGCACGAGCAUGGGAGCUUCAUGCUCGCCUAUGACCCCCCAACACUGACGGCUCAGCGGCCGCCAUCGUCAUUCGGGCUUGAUUGGGGCACCACCCACCAUCACUGCCCUCUUCACCGCUUCCAGUAGAGGGGGCGUCCGACUCUUCCACUUUCACGCCAUCUCGCGUGGGACCACGGACGCAACCUAAUAGGCACGGCCGGCUGGUCAGCUGUCUGGCCGCGGUCGAUUUGCACCAUGGCGUCGUCCUGCUCGUCCUGGCGCCAAAUCUUUCCUUCCGGCGUCCCCAAGGCCCGUUCGCGUUCGUUCAGCCUGCUCAAUUCGCUUCCAGUGGACUUGCAGAUCCACUUGCUCUCUUUCCUCUGGAUCAAAUCCAUCACCAAGACGCUUGCACGUGUCAACCGCUACUGGGCCUACCUUGUCGACGACUAUGUCCGCAAUCGCAUCUUGUACCAUGUCAAGCAGAGCGGUAGUCAAGAGAGUAGAGGGACGGCGGAAGUCCUGGACAGAUGGUUCAAUGUACAGUUGCUGUUUGAAGCACAGCGACCGAUCGACACAACAUCCAUCAAGCAUACCCUCUACUUUUCUCACUUUAGCAUCACCAACAGCCUUCCUGCGCCGACCUCAUGUGGGCGAAUGGCCACCGUCCCUGAGUUUGCCAGCAGCAGCGGGGGCAGUCGUGGGGUGUACACGACCUUGGCCAACUUCUCGUUCGUCCAGCCUGCUGUGGACGCGCGCUUUGCCUCGCAAGAGCUCCCGCCUUUCACACCGUUGUCGCCGAUGCUAAGCACCUCGCACGGCAGCUUCCGAUCCAAGUUCCACACACUUGGUACAGACGGUAUCGUCAACGCCGAGCAGCCCGCUGCAGCCGGAUCCGUCUACAACUUGUCCAGCGAGCCGGCCCAGCGGACUCGUCCCGUCGAGCACCUGAGCUCGAUUAUCGACACAAACGCCAACACUCUGCCCGUAUACAACAGGAAGAUAUCGUCCUCUUCGGGAUGUUCCGUGUCUACGGAUGGGAACGGGUCGCUGCAAGAGUCGCGCAGGGGUCGCUCCGACAGCGUUCGAGACAACGGAUUUAUCAUUGUCUCUGGCCCGCUCUUUAUGCAGGACGAAAGUCGGACAGAAAACCAGAUAUCCACGACGAUGACAACCAACACGAGUAUCACAUCUUCAACCACGAUCACCACCCCGACCAGCUCCUGCCCACCCGCCGCUUUCGAGACUGCGCCAUUCCCCUUUCUGCAGAGCACCUUUGGCACGCGUGCGGCAGCUACCGCCCCUGCACGUUCGUCGAUGCGUGCCCGCGCUGCCUCUGCGGCAAGUAGUGACGGACGCCUGGCUAGCCCGCCAAGGUACCGGCACACGCUUGGCGCCUCGUUCGGCCAGGGCAUCGAGGCGUACGGCUCUGCGCUUGACAUCCCUGCCAGCUCCGCAGCAUCAAUGGACAUGAGCCGUGCCUUUUUUCAGAGCAGGUCCAGAAGCGGCUCUGGAGCGACUGCGGGGACCAUGUCGCCUCUGCGCGAACAGCACAAGCAGCAGCGCAAGAUCCCAAGGCGGCUCAAGCCAGCGUACGCGUUUCAACUCGACCCGCUCGAUUCGUUCGAGACGUGGAUCCUCACACUGAGCAUUCAUCGGACGGACUACGACCUGACGCCGCCGUUUGUUUUGGCGCGCGCCAAAUUGGCACAAGACUUUGACGGGGGACAAGCAGACGGCAACAAUGCGCCGCCUUUCGCGUUCAACCAGCCGUUUUGGACAGAACGCAGGAUGGUCGAAGGCUUGGAGAGGGUAUACAGAGAGUGGUUCCGGCCGCCGAAUGGAUGCUCCCCUGACAUCGACAGCCUGCUCAGCUCUGACAAGCACGAUACCAGGCUGAGCGCCUCCGCUUCCUCCCCUACAGGCAACGACAAUCACAAGACUCCGUCCUCCGCGCGGCUGCGCGCGCGUCUGUACCAGAUGGAUAUGACCGAGGAGGAGCGUGCCGAAAUACUCCCACCGCUGCGCAUGCUCGAGGUGGACAACAAGCCGUCUUGCACGCUGUCGAUUCAGCCGCACCCAUGCGAGAAGUUUACUGAGCACCCCGCGCUCUCUGGCUCGAGCGGCAGCCACUCGUGGCUGAGCUACUCGUCUUUUGGUGCGCAAUACGGCCCGGGAAGCGGUAUGGGCUUCACAGCUGCCGGAGGACCGGGAGGCUAUAGCUACGGAUCUGGAUCCGGCAGCUACGCCAGCCUUGGCUGGGCUGGCGGCGCGGAUAAGGUUGAAUUCACAUUCCACUGCGAGGAGAUGCGCAUCAACGCCGCGCGCCUCUUUUCCGCAUUGGAAGUGCUCGAACAGGAGCUCGCCAUCAAGAAGCACCAAGCCCGCACGCAGGCUGCGCGCGCCACGGCAGCAGCAGCUGCGACUGCACAGGCGGCAGGCCAAGCAGGCAAAGGGGGAACGGGUGGCGCCAUUUCUCCCGAGGAGUGGGCCUUGAUGCGCCUCUCCGGUCCACGCUCUCUGUGCCGUCGGUUCCUCGAUGCGCCCAUGGAUGGCGAUACGGUCAUCGUUUCCACAGGCUUCCUUUUUAACCCCUGACCACUGGUGCAAAAGCCGUCCCAAAACAAGACCCUAUACUUCUAUCUCAUUGGCUUUGGCAGGUUCGCUGAAUGUAACAUGGUUGUAUGGUAUCAUGUGUAUUAACGCCAACAUCUUGUACUUGUAGAAUGCCAGUCGUCGGCGUGUAUCUUAGCGACCUCAUGAGUUGUGUUCGCACACUCAUGAUCAAUGAUUUAUGACACUGCAUCAAGGA